AUGGGGUUUCUGGCCGUGCUGCUGGCGGCGGGCAUGCUGGCUUUCCUGGGGGCCAUCAUCUGCAUCAUCGCCAGCGUCCACCCGGCCGGCACCGCCGCCUCUUCCUCCCCACCCUCCUCCUCCUCCUCCGCCGACAAUGACUCGGCCGCCGCCGCCCUGCUCCCCCCCGCCGACAAGGGGCUGGGGGCCCUGCACGGCCCCGCCGAGGCUCUGGCCAGCGCCGGCCCGAGGCUCCCCGGCUCGCCGCCGCCUCUCUUCAGCCGCUUCGUGUGCACGCCGCUGAGCGCCGAGUGCCCCGCGGCCGCCGGCCCCGCGGCCGCCGGCCCCGAGGAGCUGCUGGCCCUGCGCAGCGCCGCGGCCCAGCUCCGCCGCACGGCGCUGGAGCAGAAGGAGCGGAUCCGCAUGGACCAGGAGACCAUCCGCGAGCUCACCGGCAAGCUCAGCCGCUGCGAGGGGGGCUUGCGGGCACCCCCGGCCCCCGCCGCCGGGCUCCGGGCCGCCCCCAGGCCCGGCACCAUGGGGCACCCCCCCGCCGAGCCGCCCGCCGUGAGGGAGCUGGAGGAGGCGGUGCGAGCCCUCCAGGACCGCAUCGACCGCAUCGAGCAGGAGCUGCCGGCCCGCACCAACGGCUCGGUGCCCACCGCCCCGGCGCUCGCCCGCGACGCGCUGCACACCAAGAUGGAGCAGCUGGAGGAGCAGCUCCUCUCCAAGAUCCUGACCCUGCAGAAGGAGCGGCAGGCCGCCAACACCGACCGCAGCCAGCAGCAGCACGACAUCGAGAAGGAGCUCAACUCCCUGCAGAGCCGGGUGGCGGAGCUGGAGCACGGAGCUCCAGGCUACAGCCCUCCCGACGCCUUCAAGGUGACCAUCCCGGUGCAGAACAACUACAUGUACGCCCGCAUGAAGAAGAGCCUGCCGGAGCUCUACGCCUUCACCAUCUGCAUGUGGCUGAAGUCCAAGGCCUUGGCGGGGCUCGGCACCCCUUUCUCUUACUCCGUCCCGAGCCAAGCCAACGAGAUCGUGCUGCUGGAGUGGGGCACCAACCCCCUGGAGCUGCUCAUCAAUGACAAGGUCGCCCAGCUGCCGCUGAGCCUGAAGGACAAGGCCUGGCACCACAUCUGCGUGGCGUGGACCACCCGGGACGGCAAGUGGUCGGCGUACCAGGACGGCGAGCAGCGGGGCGCGGGCGAGAACCUGGCCUCGUGGCACGCCAUCAAGCCCCAGGGCGUCGUCAUCCUGGGCCAGGAGCAGGACACGCUGGGCGGCCGCUUUGACGCCACGCAGGCCUUCGUGGGGGAGCUGGCGCAGUUCGGCGUGUGGGACCACAUGCUGGCUCCGGCGGAGAUCCUGGCCUUGGCCAACUGCACCUCCCGCCUGCAGGGCAACGUCAUUCAGUGGGACGACCAGGCCGUGGAGGUCUUUGGGGGGGCCAGCAAGGGCGCCUUCACCGCCUGUGACGAGGGGAGGAAGGCGUGAGCGGCCCCCCCCCAGCGCCGAGGUGCCUGCGGACCGCAGGAAAAGCCCCUUUGUCCCCUCCCAGACCAACGGGCCCCGCCACCACCUCCACCACCACAACGGGACGAUGCUCCAUGCCCCCACGGCAGCGUCCCGGGGGGGCCGGCGUGCAGGGAGGUCCCGUGGCAGCCCCUUGGCACGGCUCACACCCCCCCUGGCAUGCUGUCCCCCCCCCACCUUGCCCUAUUUCUGUUUUGGCAGGACCGUGCCAUACGCUGGCUGUCGUGUCUGUGGGCCCUGCGGGAGCUGGGAGCAGGGCACCCCCUUCACCUGUUUAUUUUUAUCGCCCUGAUAUUUGGUUUUGCGAGCCUGUUCUCCCACGGGGCCCCGAGCUGUUUGCUGGUAGCCAUCAGCAUCCUCCCCUCUUCCCCUUCAGCUCUUCUCCGGUCAAGUGUGCCAGGCGCCGUAGGCCCCCCAUGGGUGAAAGGAGCCCUGUGGGGGGCUAUUCAUUCAUUCAUUUAUUUAUUUAUUUAUUUAUUUAUUUAUUUUUAAGCAUUCCCAGUGCUGGGGCCCCAGUGCCCACACAGAAGGCAGGGGAAGAGGGGCAGAGCCUCGUCCCCAUGCCCCCCGUCCUAUUCGGGGUGCAGGAGAGAAUGGAGCAAAAGCAAGGAAAAGGGACACGGGGACAGUAUUCCCUGCCACCCCCCUGGCCUUUUGGGCACUGAGCUGCUCGCAGGGGGCUGCUGGCCUCGCCUGUGCCUCGGUCCCCUGCUUUGAGCUGGCUGGGGACAGGGACACUGGUGGCACGGGGCUGGGGCGAAGGGAGCUGCUGACCUUGGGGCCGGAGCGGGGCCAGGGUGGGGUGUUCCCCGUGGGGUGCCUGCGGGUGCGAUGUUUCCACGCGUGCGGUCACCGGUGUCUCGAUAUGUGCGUGUGUGUGCGUGUGUGUGUGUGUG